AGCCUCUAUAAAUUUUCUGAUAUAGUCAAAGUUGGUAAUGAGUUUUUUCAUGCACAAUUAUGGUCCUUUUCGACAAGCAUUAACCGCUCUUAACAGUUACCAGGUUGCAAAAUCGAUAAUAGAGUCCAAGAUACUGGACAAAAAGCUUCCUGGGGAACUGCUCAAGUUUUUGGGACGUUCCAAGCAGCGUUUUUUCGUGAAGUUUUGUAUGAGGGACCCGAAACAUACGUGUUACAAACAUGUGAUGGAUCUAAGAAUAACUGAGCUUUCCAAGGAUUUAAUCAAGGAAGUGAUGAUAGAUAUAAUGAGCAAAAAAGGCAGGUUACUGUAUAUAGAAAUGUGGAGUGUGGUCUUACAGAUUUUUAUGUUUGGUAACUUCAGCGAAGAACUUUAUCAAGUUAUCAUACAACGUUCGGAUUUGUCUCCAGCCUAUAAUGCUUUCAUUAAGCAGUUGAAAAGGAGCAAGAUAUCAGGAGAGGUCUCUGUUUGUUUGGUUAGUAAUUUUGAAAAAUCAUUACAAGAAGCAUUUAACCACGACUGGAAAAACGACCAUGAUAUCAUGUCAGCUUCCUGGUUCUUUUAUUUUCUUGAACGUCUUCUUUUUUUUGUUUCAUCCUGGCCUGGUUCCUUUUUGACAGUAAAGUCUUCUGUUUAUGAAACAAUUCCCUGGGGGAAUCUAAGAUGCAAUGCCAGCUCAUUAUCAGUAGCCGACUCAAAAGUUUUCUCGAGGAGGUUUUUCGAUUUUAUAGCAUCCAAGAUCAAAGAAAUACUUACUAGUAGGCUAGAAUGGCUUUGGGAACGUGAUUCUGACAGAGUGGCUUACUACCCUUAUCUGGUCUGCAAGUUGGUUCUCUUGGUUGCUUUAAUUUGUUUGAAUUGUGGAUGUCACUUUGAUUUGCUGUACAGUCUGCUUGCCAGAUACGAUAUAAUAACUGUUCUGCCGCCUGUGUUUGCUAUGAUCCUCGAGAAAAGGGGCUCGAUGCCUUAUGAUAAGUUGCUUGCUGAUAUCCUCGAUGCAGUUGGGGAUCCUUUGGUCUUUUUGAAGUCAGGAGAUAUUCAGAGAGAGUUUUUGAGCCACAGUGUCUUUGAGAUAGAUGUGGAUUCGAUUCACUCCAGAGAAGACAUAUUCGGAGUACUAUACCCAGAAAUCUCAGAUUCUAACAUAGACUAUGAAAUGGAGGAGAUUGGAAAUCCAGAGGAGGAAAAUGUCUGUUUCUCCAAUUUUGACCAUGUGGGUUAUAGUGAAUGUCCAACCGAGUCUGAUGAUGAUAUGGAAAGGGCGGAAUUGGAGAUAACCAAAAAAUUCGAUCUUGUGAAAUCCUCACAGUUGUUUACGAACACAGCUCGUGUCUACAUGUUUUCGAAAUGGAUUUUUGAGGACAUCCCCUAUCAUGAUUGCAACCCACAGAAGAAGUUGGAAAUCUGCAUUUGCUAUCUACAUAGUGAGUAUCCAUUUUCUAAAGACCUCUUUUCUAAAUAUAAAGACUGGAUGUGGGAACUAAAGCAGCUCUCUUUCGCAUUAAGUGGCAGCAACGAGGAUCAUGAUAUUCAGUACUCAAAAAUUGGUGACUGCUUGAGGAAGUUGACUGCAAAGACUCCAAUAUUGAAAUUAUUAUUCAUGGACUUUCUUUUUGCGAUUAUUAUUAAAAAUACUCCUUACAGCAAGAAAAUCAAGAGGGAAGAACUACAAAAGAAGCAGGCUGGAAAGAAUGAAGGCAAGCAGAAAAAGUAGUGGUAUUUUGUUUGGCAGGAGUUGCAGCAUCCUCGUGAUAGCAUCAUUUCAUUGGGUAUCUUUUUCUGGUAGAUUGAAAUAUAUCUUUCGGAUGCAUUUAGGAAUCAUUGAUAUACCAGAGCCUCUAGAAUCUGGUUUGACUGUCAAAACAAUGACAGUGCGCACCGCAGUCACAGCUCCCCUUAUUAAAUCUGCAACUUUUCUGGUUAGUUUCAAAGGUAUUUUGUAUGAAAUGUUUAGGACCUCAAUCUGGGUUCCUUCAGAGUUGUAUGUUAUCCCCAAGAACUCGUUUCUGUUCGUACUUGUGGUCCUCCUGUGGAUGCCCUUCUGUAAGUGUCACUUCUAGGGUGUGUUCUUUUCUCUAACUCCACUAGUGUGUGCCAGUGAGUACACAUUUUACUACUGCUCUAUGUAUGCUUGGGGUUAGGAGGCAAGUGUUUAGAUAAAUAGUUUCUCAGAUUUUAGCCUCAGUUUGGACUUCGGCUAAACGGUUAUGUUUCGACCA